CAGCCUGGGAUCACUCACCCCCCUUUUCUUUUUAACAGGAUGGUACGGUCUGAGCCAACUAGGCGAGCUGUUUAGCAAGGGCAUGGGACAAACCAACGCAUGGAAUAGGGAGGGAGAAUACAUUUCUUGCGGAAGGGGCGAAGCGCACUCAGGCUUGCAAAGAAAGGGGCGAGACUGAUUGGCGAGAGGUAGAAAGGAAGGAGGAUCGGACAGACGGCGUGGACAUGGGGACCCAGAAGGGGCAGCAGGAACACCAGGAGGUAGAAACCCGAGAGGAUGAAGAACAAAACAUUAAGCUAAGUGAAAUUUUAGAGCUGCUGGUGGCAGCAGGGUACUUCAGAGCAAGAAUUAAAGGCCUUUCCCCAUUUGACAAGGUGGUUGGUGGCAUGACCUGGUGUAUCACAACAUGCAAUUUUGACAUCGAUGUUGACUUACUGUUUCAAGAAAACUCAACCAUUGGUCAGAAAAUCGCCUUAACUGAAAAAAUAGUGUCAGUCUUGCCCAGAAUGAAGUGUCCUCAUCGCUUGGAGCCUCAUCAAAUACAGGGCUUGGAUUUCAUCCAUAUAUUUCCAGUGGUGCAAUGGCUGGUGAAACGUGCUAUAGAAACCCGGGAAGAAAUGGGAGAUUACAUUCGUUCAUAUUCCGUAUCUCAGUUUCAAAAGACCCACAGUCUACCAGAGGAUGAUGACUUCAUGCAAAGAAAAGACAAGGCUGUCAGAGCAGUGAGUGAGAUUACUGAGGUGUAUAAGCCACAAAGGAAAUACCAACGAAGAGCAGAAGCAGAAAAAUUAAUAGAUGAGGAAUCCAAAGUUCAUGCUACGCUUCUGGAAUAUGGCAGUUUCACUGAUUAUUUUUUGAGGUACGGAUUCAGCAGACAAGGAAAACUUGAGAAGGCAGAAGACAAGAAAAUGGUGCUGCCUGCUGGGCUCGUGUCAGCAGGGAAGCCUGAUGCUUACAAUGAAGAUGACCUUCAAGCUGCUGAGGAGCUUCGUAUUAAAACAUUGAUGACUGAGAUGGCUGCGAUGGGAACGGAAGAGGGCAGGCUGACUGCAAGCACUGUUGGCCAGAUUGUUGGACUCCAGUCUGAUGAGAUCAAGCAGAUUGUAUCAGAAUAUGCCGAAAAGCAAUCAGAACUUUCUGCAGAAGAGCGCCCGGAAAGACUUGGAGCUGCACAACAUCACAAAAGGAAAGUGGCAUCACUUAGCAAGAAGAUCUUACAGAAAACCAAACAACUGGAAGACUUGCAGGUUAAAUGUGCUGACUUGCAAACAGCAUGUAGCGAAGCCAAGAAGACACUAAGUGAGGCUAAGACUUAUAGUGAAAAAUUGGACAAGGAGCUAGCAGCCUUAGAAAUAGUGGAAUCCCAAGCAGACUCAAAUGUAUUGCAGAAGCUUCGGGCACUGGUGGCAAUGAAUGAGAACCUCAAAAGUCAAGAGCAAGAAUUUAGAGCACACUGUAGGGAAGAGAUGGCACGCCUCCAGCAAAAUAUUGAAAGUUUAAAAGCAGAAGCAUCUGAAGAUGGAGAAGAAAAGGAACCUGCAAAAAUUAUAGACCAGCAAUACAAAACUGAGAGAGAGAAACUGCAGAAGAUCAGACUACUUUUGGCCCGACGCAAUAGAGAAAUAGCCAUUUUACAACGCAAGAUUGAUGAGGUACCCAGUAGAGCUGAGUUAACACAGUACCAGAAGAGAUUUAUUGAACUUUACGGUCAGGUAUCAACAACUCACAAGGAAACAAAGCAGUUCUUUACCCUGUAUAAUACCCUGGAUGAUAAGAAGGUAUAUUUGGAAAAAGAGGUUAACUUGUUGAAUUCAAUUCAUGACAAUUUCCAACAAGCCAUGGCUUCUUCUGGUGCCCGAGAUCAGUUUCUCCGGCAGAUGGAACAGAUUGUAGAAGGGAUUAAACAGAAUCGGAUGAAGAUGGAGAAGAAGAAGCAAGAAAAUAAAAUGAGGAGGGACCAAUUAAAUGACGAAUAUCUGGAGUUACUUGAGAAACAGAGGCUUUAUUUUAAAACAGUGAAAGAAUUUAAAGAGGAAUGCCGCAAAAAUGAAAUUCUUCUAUCCAAACUGAAAGCCAGGAGUUCUUGAAGGACAUCAGGCAGUGAUUCAUUUGUAUGAUUGAAUAUAUCAUUUUCUGCAUAUUUCUUCAGUUUGAUCCAUGCAGUAACUAAAGUGAUUUUUAAAAGAAUGAAUUCAUUUGAGCAAUGUUACCUUAUAUGAUUUCUUAUGUGUUAUAAACAUCAUACAUACAUGUGAAUGAUAGACA